AUGUCCACCAAUGUCGGUCCAGGCAAUGAAGAAGGAAGCGUCGAGGUUCUCGUUCAGGCAUUCGCCAUGAUCAUCGUCUCUGAAGUUGGCGACAAAACUUUUCUAAUAGCUGCUAUUCUCGCCAUGACUCACCCUCGUCUCGUCGUCUUUGCUGGCGCUUUUGGUUCGUUAGUCGUGAUGUCCAUCCUCUCCGCGGCCAUGGGCCACAUCUUACCUUCCCUCAUACCACGGAGAUGGACGCAGUUGGCGGCAGGAAUCCUUUUCCUCGUAUUUGGGACCAAAAUGAUGAUAGAAGGUCGGCAGAUGAAAGCUGGAAAUGAAAAAAUACAGGAGGAGAUGAAAGAGGCAGAGGAAGAGAUUGAGGAAGACGAUGCGCGGCACGAUGGGACUGGCGCUCUGUACGAGAAUGGGGAUAUUAUCCCGCUAGAAGAAAUGGAAGAAGGCGGGAGACAUAGAAGCGUUUCGCCGCGCCCUCAUAAGCAAUCUUCUGUUUUGGAGGGUGCAAGGAACUUUUGCAGUUUUAUCCUUGGACCUGUUUUCGUCAAAUCGUUCGUGUUGACCUUCCUUGGAGAAUGGGGCGAUAGAAGUCAGAUUGCCACGAUUGCUCUUGGUGCUGCCCACAACGCUUAUGUGAUCGCGCUUGGAACUAUCGUUGGACAUUGUUGCUGUACUGCCGUAGCAGUAAUUGGAGGAAAAUAUGUGUCGACCAAAAUAUCUGUGAAGCACAUCACGCUCGGCGGUGCUACUCUUUUCCUUGCCUUUGGAAUAGCAUAUCUAUACGGAUCGCUCGUAGCUUACAAUGCGGACGAGAUAGCUGAUAUACAUGUAGUAUGA